AUGGGAUCACUUUUGGCUGAUCAGGGAGAGCCACCUCAGUUCGUACAAAUUUACUUUCUCGCUGACUACAACCAUCAGGUUGAUGCGCGUCUCGGCAUUCUGCCUAGCGAUAUUUCCAUCGGUCCCCGUAGAGACAUUCUGUUCCGUCUACAAAACAUGAUUCAUGAAACUAGCAGUUACAUCCGAAGCUUAAAGUUUGCGUUGCAAAACAACUCUUCGCCCUCUUUCAGCGUUGUCAUCGAUGCAGACAGACGGCCUCACGGUGAGCAUGAGCGUCGCUUCAAUGCUCCUGCAUGUAAUGAAGUCGCCGCAGUCAUGCACGGUGAGGAGCAUAACAGCCGUGACAUUGUCAUAAGGUACCGGGGCGGUGGUCUGCGCCGCAUCAGUGAAACCCACCGUUCAUACAACUGUCUCCAGUACCCCCUUCUUUUUCCAUACGGAAGCGAUGGGUACCACUUCAAAAUCCCAAUAUACCAGACAAGCAGCGAUUCCAUGUCGACCUCAAAGACGGUCUCCUGUAGGGCUUACUACGCCUACAUGUUUAUGGUUAGGGAGGGUGAAUUUAACCAGAGGUGCCAUCAACAAUUUCUUCAAUUCGCUGUUGACAUGGCUGCAAAAAUAUGA